CCAUUCCAAGGUUCCAUGCCCAAUACUCAAAUAUUCUGCUAGCAACAUUUCAAGAAAAGCAAAGCUUUUGCACUCUUUUUCUGUUUUUCCUGCUAACUUGGACAUCCAGCUAAAAUGGAGACUGGUAUAGCAUGCUGUGCUCGAGGGGCUUACUUACCUGGUGUUUCUCAGCAUUCAAAAGCUUCAAUGUCUCCACGGUCCAUUUCUCCGUCCUUCGCUACGAGGAGUCUGAAAUCAAGCUCGCUAUUUGGGGAGACGUUGCGCUUCAUACCAAGAUCAUCACUAAGGGUUUCAAAAGCAAAGAACUCUUCCCUUGUGACCAGAUGUGAGAUUGGUGAUAGCCUGGAAGAAUUCCUUGCAAAGGCAACUCCAGAUAAGGGACUGAUUAGGGUGAUGAUGUGCAUGGGAGAGGCAUUGAGGACCAUUGCCUUCAAAGUCAGGACUGCUUCCUGUGGAGGAACGGCUUGUGUGAACUCCUUUGGAGAUGAGCAGCUUGCUGUGGAUAUGCUUGCCAACAACCUUCUUUUUGAGGCUUUGACUCACUCGCAUUUCUGCAAGUAUGCUUGCUCCGAGGAGGUCCCUGAACUGCAAGACAUGGGUGGCCCCGUUGAAGGUGGAUUCAGUGUUGCUUUUGAUCCACUUGAUGGUUCCAGCAUUGUCGACACAAAUUUCUCUGUGGGCACCAUCUUCGGAGUGUGGCCAGGAGAAAAAUUAAUUGGGGUAACGGGGAGAGAUCAAGUGGCUGCAGCCAUGGGGGUUUACGGUCCUCGAACUACAUACGUUCUCGCUCUUAAAGACUACCCUGGCACCCAUGAGUUUCUUCUUCUUGAUGAAGGAAAAUGGCAACAUGUCAAAGAGACAACAGAGGUUGGUGAAGGGAAACUUUUCUCCCCUGGAAAUUUGAGGGCCACAUUUGACAACCCUGACUAUGAAAAGUUGAUCAAUUACUACGUAAAAGAGAAGUACACCUUGAGAUACACAGGAGGGAUGGUGCCAGAUGUCAAUCAGAUCAUAGUUAAAGAGAAGGGUGUCUUCACCAAUGUGAUUUCUCCAUCUUCCAAAGCCAAGCUGAGAUUGUUAUUUGAGGUUGCUCCUUUGGGGUUAUUGGUUGAAAAAGCUGGGGGUUACAGUAGUGAUGGUCAUCAGUCUGUGCUAGACAAGGAAAUAAAAAAUCUUGAUGACAGAACUCAAGUUGCAUAUGGAUCCAAGAAUGAGAUUAUCCGAUUUGAGGAAACUCUGUAUGGGAAAUCAAGGCUCAAGGCCGAGGGUGUUCCUGUUGGAGCUGCUGCUUAAGAGAAAGUGCUAGCUUCUCAUGCCUUAAUUUAUUUGUUUUGACCAAAAUUUAAGCUAUCAUGUAUACGGAUUUGUGCAGUAGUGCGUGGAACAUUCAAAUAAUGGAGACUUCUACAAUUAAAAGAUUAGAUUUGUGUGAUCAUGAAAAUUUAGCAGGAAUGAUGACUUCUCUUUCCUUGGCA